GAGGGGGGGAACAGGUGAAUGCGCGCCUCUCAGUUCACGGUUUUAGCCAUUAGUCACGACGGACAGCUCGUUGUGUUAAAUGUUUAACACGCUAGUAUCCCCCCGUAUGCAAAUGGAUAGAAACCAGACAGAAGACGGCUUCCUGGACUCGGUUCGGGAUGAAUUCAGCUCGUCGUUGUUCCGCUUUGUUUAGCCAGAUUUGUGUUUCGUCGCUGGAGGGACAGACCGGCCGGACGCCAGGACCCCGCUGCUGUCACGCCGGGCCUGGAGGAGGGGGCCCCGGGGGGACCUGCGGCCAGCUGAAGCCGCGUGGGGCAGCCAGCACCGUGUCGGCACCAGUUUGUCCAAUGGGCAGCGGCAGUAGCAGCAGGCUGUUUGGUACCAUGGCCCAGCCUGACCCAUACACCAAGGAGAGCCCAGACCAGGACUCAGAGCAGGACCCAGCGGAGGUAGACCCAGACCAGCUGCUCAGAGAGUGCCAGCAGGUGCUGCAGAGGCGUCCGGCCCGGCCUCACAGGGACCUGGUCUAUCCCAGGCUCGGGGCCGCCUGCAGCCAUAAGCACAACCCAGUCGUUCGGAUCAUGCAGUGGAACAUCCUGGCUCAAGCUCUUGGCGAAGGGAAGGAUGGCUUCGUCCGCUGUCCGCUAGAAGCUCUCAGCUGGCCGGAAAGGAAAUACCAGAUCCUGGAGGAGAUCCUCUCCUACCGCCCUGACAUCCUGUGUCUGCAGGAGGUGGACCACUACUACGACACCUUCCAGCCAAUCAUGGCCCGCCUAGGUUACCACGGCAGCUUCCUGCCCAAGCCCUGGUCGCCCUGUUUGGAUGUGGAGCACAACAACGGCCCCGACGGCUGCGCCCUCUUCUACCGCCGCUCGCGCUUCAGCCUCCACGCCACGGCCCACCUGCGGCUGUCCGCCAUGAUGCUGCCCACCAACCAGGUGGCCAUCGCGCAGACGCUGCAUUGCCGGGUGACGGGCCGCUGGCUGUGUGUUGCAGUCACACACCUGAAAGCUCGCAGCGGCUGGGAGAGGCUGAGGAGUGCCCAGGGUGCUGACCUGCUGCAGAGCCUCCAGAGCAUCACGUCCCACAGCGGAGGCCCGACGCGGGCGGUGCUAGGGGCCGUCCCUCUAGUGGUGUGCGGGGACUUUAACGCAGAGCCCUCUGAGGACGUUUACCGUCGCUUUAGCUCCUCCCCCUUAGGUCUGAGCUCGGCGUACAAGCUGCUGAGCUGCGACGGCCAAACGGAGCCCGCCUACACCACCUGGAAGAUCCGGCCCACCGGAGAGAGCUGCAGCACGCUGGACUACAUCUGGUACAGCCACGACGCUCUGAGCGUGGAGGCCCUGCUGGACAUUCCCAGCGAGGAGCAGAUCGGACCGGACCGCCUCCCCUCAUACCACUACCCCUCCGACCAUCUGUCGCUGCUCUGCGACGUCAGCUUCAGGGAGGAGCCUCACAGGCUACUGUAGACAGCAGGGCUACCACAUGCUAUCCAGGACCAAUGUAAAGCCCUUUUCCCCUGACAGCGACAGGAACACGCCUGAGGAGGAGAGAAACUGGACUGAGUGGCUCAGCGCCGUCUACCUGGAGCCCAGGUUUCAUUUCCUGACGUCGCAUCAGGACAAUUAUUUAUGGCCAGCCAUGCUGGAGUUCUUACCAAGGCAGCACUUCCUGAUUAAUGUUCAAUUACUGUUGGAAAUAAAGAGACUCUUUUUACUCUAAA